AGUCUUUCAUCAUGGCAAUUACACAGUUCCGUCUAUUUAAAAUUUGUACAUGCUUGGCAGCAGUACUAUCUUUUUUUAAAAGAUUGAUUUGCAGGACUGGAAGAGGACGAAAGCUUAGUGGAGACCAAAUAACUUUGCCAACUACUGUGGAUUUUUCAUCUGUUCCUAAACAACCAGAAGUAGAAGAUUGGUCUUCAUGGGAUGAAGAUGCCCCUACAAGUGUGAAAAUUGAAGGUGGUAAUGGCAGUGUAGCCAAUCAACAAAAUGGAUUGGAAGAAAUGGAGCCUGAUUACUUUAAGGACAUGACACCAACAAUAAGGAAAACACAGAAAAUCAUUGUUAAAAAACGUGAACCUUUAAAUUUUGGCAACCAAGAUGGUAGUGCCGGAUUUUCAAGUAGAUUAGCAGCUACACCAGAUGUUCCUUUUAUCCAUCAAUCUCCAGAACUAGGAGACUUGGAGACAUGGCAGGAAAACAAAAAUGCUUGGGAAGAAGAAGAAGAUGCUUCCUGGCAAGCAGAAGAGGUUCUGAGGUAA